AUGUCUGAGUCAAUCAAAGACACAAUGUCAGCGCCUUUCUUCAAGACUACUAGAGUAAACUCGUGCCAGUACGUCUCUGCUUCAAAUGGCCAAGCACGAGCAGUUUCCUUCCCUUGCAAGAAAACAGGGUAUAAAGCCAAAAACUCCUGGACUAACCAACGACGCUCGUCUGAAGUCGUAUCGCACGCAGGCGCCACUUAUCAGACUUUCCCCAACAUGCAUGUAGGUAUGAAUAAAAAGCCUCUGGUGCCUUAUCAUCCUGAUUCUUAUAGAAACCGUUUGCCACAAACUGAUUUCAUUGCACCUUAUAAAAAUUCCAGCCAAAUUGAAAUCGGAGAUAGGUCCAGCUAUAACAGCAAAAGCGUUUUCAGAACGACUUAUCAAGCUAUGCUAUUUAAGCCAGAUAUGAACGAUUACACCUCGAAUCAGGGAAUCAUUGCGGAAAAGACCAAGUGGACUAAAACUAGAAUAAAUGAUUAA